AUGUCCUUGACGGUGGACCUCCAGCCUUCGAGUGAGAGCCUGGACUCACAUACUACCCGCGCGCAGUGCCAUCCACCUUCGGGAAUCAGCGUCCUUGUUGUGGGAGGAGGCCCGGCAGGUGUCUAUGCCGCCCUCGAAUGCUGGCGAAAGGAGCACCAUGUCAGCAUCGUUGAGCGAAAUCCAGUUGCGAGGACACAAGGAGAUUUCUUCAAUACCACACCACAUGUCAUCGAACAUAUCCGGACGAACUGGCCUGAAUUGGGUGAGGAGAAGGAGAGGAUCGCUGAGGGUUCCUGGGUUUCCUAUCAUAGGGUCAAUGGGCAGCUUAUGUCUGGGCCCGAGCCGUUCGACUGGAAGAAGGCUGGCAUCGAGGACGAUGGAAGCCCUGCCCCUGCUCGGAUGUACCGCCAUAACAGACCCAAAUUUCUCGGAAUGUUGAUCUCUCAGCUUGAAAGACUAGGCAUCCGCAAUGAAUAUGGGUGCCGUGUGGUUGACUGCUGUGAGAAUGCACAGAAAGCAGGCAUUGUUCUGGAUGACAAUCGAAGACUUGAGGCCGAUGUCGUUGUCGCUGCGGAUGGUAUUGGUUCAAAGUCACACAGGUUAGUCAACGGCCAGGAAAUCAGAGCUCGCGGCUCUGGUUUGGCUGGGCCCAGGGCUGCAUUCCCAGUGCAGGCUAUCUGUGAUGAUGAAGAGCUUAACAAGCAUUUUGGUAUACUGGACAGCCGGCAUCCUCACUUUCAAAUGUGGAUACGACCUGGGGUUCACAUGUCUAUGCUACGGACCAACGAUAUCAAUAAUGGCGCAGCCACGGAGUCUUGGAACGAGAGUGCGGAUGCAGAUUCAGCUUUUCAAUACGUGUCUGCAGUUAAAAACUUCUCCGACUUUGAGCGAGUUUCGUGCUGCCAAAAGGUUGGGUUCAUUAAUCAAGCGCGGCGCGACACCAGAGAUGUUGAACUGGACCCGAGCAUGAUCAAGUCGGAGCACGGCCGGUGGAUGUGGCGCCAUGACCCCGAGAGCUACCCCUACAACAACUAUAGCAGGGCUCUCGACCACCUCCAGAAUGGAGCACCGUUCCAGAACACCAACACCCCUCCUGGGCACACCCACGAGCCUUGGUCCGUAGAUCAUUUGAUGGGUCGAGUUGAACAAGGCCUACCAGUUGAAUUUGACGGAGGCUGGUCCUGA